GGUGCACCAUGUUCCUCGUUUCACAGUGCGGACUAGAAAACUGGACAAGACAAAACGCAAUGUCUAUACGCCAUUACUGUCGAGUGGAGCUGCGAAAAGUUCUCUCGAAGUAUAUACGGUUUUAUCGCUACAAACCGAAUUUAAAUGCAGAAUAACGUAAUAGAAUUAACGCAGAGAUUACUGAGAGCAUUGGACAGCAAUUAUAAUGUCACUGACAUGCCCGAAGUUGUUGAUAUUAUUUGCAAUUUGGAACGAGUGGCUAUUACCAAAGAAUUACUGGAGACCACCAGACUUGGAAAAUAUAUAAACGAACUAAGACGUAAGACAAAUAAUCAAGAAUUAUGGCGCCGCGCCAAAGAACUGCUCAAAAAAUGGCGCAGCAUGGUGCUUCCCGAAGUCAACGGCCAAAUCAAAGUUCCAGCACCAACUCAACCGGGUACUUUGAAGGCAGCCACCCCCAGCAUGGCAAGCCCACCUUUACAAGGGCAAGGCCUCAGAAUACCUCCUGCAAGUGCAAUGAAGGUGAGUCCACCAAUGAUGGUUACUCCAAAAAUGGUAAGUCCUUCUCUUCAGAACCGGCUUGUUGGCCCUGGCGUACAAAAACUUGUAAGCCCUGCCCCGAGACUCAUCAGUCCUGGCCAAAGACUUGUCAGCCCUGCUCAGAGACUUGUGAGUCCGCAAAUUUCAAAGAAGCUGGUUAGUCCGCACAACAGAAUGGUUAGUCCUGGCAUGCCAGUGGAAAAACCUGUCAGUCCCCAGAAAAUGGUGAGUCCUGCUGGGCAAAGGGUGAGUCCGAAAUUAGCGGCGCAAGCACAAAGCCAAAAAGUGGGAGCUACGAGUCCUCCAUUGACAGCUAAUGCUGAUGUUAAUUUGAAUCAGGUGAAAAGUAAAAAGAGGCAAGCUGGUGAAGCAUUGGAUAGUAUAAAUGCUAAAAGAUCGAGGCUAAACGGAGGCGUCACAGACUUAGAUUUUUCCGAUAACUCGAAUUGUAGCUUCAAAGAUGGUUUAUUAUCGGUACCGGUCAUCAAGCAGGAACCUAAGCAAGAAGUAGUGGUUAUCAAUUCAGAUUCAAAUUCAAGUUUUCAAGAAAGGGGUGACCCGUAUAUUGAUCAACUACAACCAAAGAAAAGGGGACGGAAAAAAGGGUCCAAAAAUCACAAAAACCUUAUAGACGAAGCCGAAACUUCAUUUACUAAUAAACUAGCAGUAUCAGCGUCGAGAGGUAGCUCUAAAGUAAAAACUACCCAGGAAAUUCUCGCCGGCAUACAAAGUAAACAUUCUGUAGCCGCUCUUAGUAUAGCUGCGGGUCUUAAACCUCCCAAAGAAGAUUUGGAAGAAAAGGCGGCCAAAUUGACGGAAAGAGUAUCUAUGAUAGAUAGGAAAUUAAAUGCCAACGCUAAUAGGAACAAGAAUUCUCAAAAAAAUAAAUUGUCUUCGAACGCUACAAAAUCCAAUGAGCGUGUGAUAGAAAGCGGGUCUGUGAUCAACGACAGAAGUCUCUUGGACAAGCUGAAGCAAGAGCAUGAGGACGACGAUGAUGAGGAAAUUAUAGUAGAUGACAUAGAAUCGCUCGAUAGCCAUGAAGAAGAGAGUCAAGAGACUGAUACAGCUAAAAUUAAGGAGGAACCUCAGGGAAUCAGAUCUUUGAGUGAAAAAGAAGCUCUAGCUCUACUACCUCCCAUAGACAGAUCUGUCCUGAAUGAAAUGUAUCCAGACCCUCCCUGUACGUGUCGUCUAAAAGAGAACAGUAAACCAAGUGCUUUUUCGAUUGGAGAUGACGAGGACGAAGAUGCCAAACAGUUGCCACCAUUUCAAAUCAUUGAGGAUCCUUUGUGUCCUGCCAAAGGUCAUUUCGCUAAACAGUAUCGGAUCCAAGAUAUCUCUGAAGAGAAAAUUCACAGGUUACAUGAAGAGAGCCUGCCAAAUAUGAAUGGAAAUUGGAGUUUGGGAACACCGAGGCCCGACUCUCAAAAAAUAGACGGGUUAUAUGUAAAUGUAGUGCCUAACAUAUAUGAGCGACUUGACAAGGACUUGAGGCCUUUUGAUUCGUUUAAAAAAUACAGUUUUUCGGAAGGUGAAGGUGCCACUAGUGCUAUAACAAACAAUGUGAUAGAAUCUGAAGAAGCAAAUAGUGAUAGUGUUAUAAUAAAAUCAGAACAGGACCAAGAAGCAAAAGUAGUGAAUAAUAGUGAGCACAAUGAUAAUAAUCGGACAGAGGAACAAAAAGUUUUUAGGGAAUGGUACGAAUGCGUCGAUAGAUCUAGUUAUAGUGGGGAAACUUUAAGGAUUUUGCCAUAUUGCAUUGUAGAUUAAGCUUAACUUCGAGCCAAUUUAGGAGUUUUCUUUUUGGGCCUUCUAAACUGGCUACGAUGCUGGGAUAACUAGUCGUUACUAUCUUAAAAUAAUUUAGAAGAAUAAUAAAUCAAGUGCCCUGGUUGAGAUUUUUGGUAUUUAUGGUAAAGCCCCAGCACUAGCCUAUUUCUAGUCGAAACGUGAGCUUGUUUUCUAUCAUUGAAAUCAACUAUCGUGAUUUGUGAUGGCUGAAGGUCUUUUUAGAUAAGUUCAUUUAAAUUAUUGUCAACAAGAAGUUUAUCAUAAAUGACUUAUAUUUAUAUUGUGUCAAAUCCAAUAAAAAUUGGGACAAUUUUUGAACUAUAUACUUGUCAAACAUAAUAGGAGCCAAUUAAUAUGCCUCUAGUGAACCAAUACAAGACCUUUGUCUUCAUCUUUAUUAGCGGAAAGUAAGACAUUAAUAAUUUACUUCAUUUGCUACUAAGACCUAAUAUGACAAAUCAUUUAUUCGAGCUUUUACCUAAAACACCUUUCAAGCUCUACAUUCCCUUUAAUGUUAAUUUAGCAAAGGAAAAAAAUCCAUUCUAAAAUUGCGAUUUCAAACAAAGCUUGGAUUUGGAAGUGAACAGAUGAGAAAUUAUUGUUUUAGUUAAUAUUUAUUUUUUUUCCCAUAGAGUUUUGUUUUGAUUUAUGGAAAUGUGUAUUCUAAUUUUGAAAUAUGCUUUUUCGCAAUCAAAAAGGCAAGCCUUGUACAGAUAGUAGUUAUGCAAAUAAUUGAAAACAAAAAUAUCAACAGAAACUUUUAUCAGAUUUUGAAAAUACAUACAUAAAAAUGUAUACACUGAUCUCUAGGGCCUUAUAAAAGAAAUUUAAAAAUAAUACUAAACGUAAACCUAUUUUUUAAAUAAUGCAUUUUUCCUAUAUAUAAAACAAAAGGGCGUUUGCUGAGAGCCACACUUAUUAAAUAUGGUUGAUAAUGUUUUUUUUUUAUAUCAGUUUAAAGCCAAAAAUCUAUUUAAAUAUUAUGGUUUUUAUUAUUUUGAAGUAUUGGGAAAUAUGUUCAAGAGUCUUAAGACUCUUGACAUAUUUUUUAAUAUAUUUUAAAUGUUUGGCAAGGUAAAGAAUCCAUCAGGAGUUGAAAUGUUUUAUCUUAUACUCUAUCUAGCCUAAGUGAAUCUUAGUCAAACUCAAACAUUUAUUAUGGCUUAUUUCAAAUUCCUGAUGUAUUCUUUGUGUGUUUUUCUAUUUUACUUGCUAAGCUGAGUAUAGGAGUGGACCAAUAGAAAUUGUUUAUUAGAGCUGCUUCAACUAGGUAUUAAAAAUAAAUUUUAACGUUACAUUUGAACUACUUUUGAGGCCAAAUUUUUCAAAAUAAAAAUCCAUUAAUUUUUACUUAUAAUCCACUCCUGAACUUUUGUAUUAUAAUUCUUCUUCCUAUUACUAUUAUUUUGUAUGUCUCUUAUUUAUUUUGUUAAAAUUUUGGUUAGAAAAUAUUUUAAAAAAAAUUGUUAUGUAAUGGAAUUUUCUUUUUUAUUAUAAAAUUAAUUCAUUUCGGAAUAAAACUAACCUAAGCUCACAUAGUUCGUUGAGGCCCAUAACACGUUGUUAGUUAUCAGAGCAGGUAGAGAAAUAAAAAAGCAUUGAAGAGAAAACGAAACAAACUUGUAUUCCUCAAAUUAUAAUAUGGACCUUUGAAACAGUUUUAGAAGCCCUUGAAUAAUAUUAUUAAUACAUUCUAAUAAUUAUAAGUUCCUAUUAUUUACCACAAAAGUAAGUAAAAAAUGAUAAUAUUUUACUUAUACAGAAAGUGAGUGGCACUGGAAACUUUUUUCAUAAUGAUCAAAGUUUUUAAUGGCCAUACUCUGUAUACAGGGUGUCCUAAAAUUGUUCAAAUGAACUACCGUGAGCAACAAAAAUUUGAUUUAUUUGUAUCAAAUAAAAUUAGUCGAUUUUAUCUGUGUAUAGUCUUUGUUUAAAAAUUCUUGUAUCACAUUUUUUUUUUAUAUUCCAUAUACAUAAAAAUUAUUAUUCUGUCAUUUUCAUUGAUUAUAUCAUUUUUCAUUAAAAUUUUAGUAGUUUUUUUUUUAAUAUAAAAAAAAUAUUUAUUACUUUUUAAAGACAUUGAUUGGUAUUGGAGUUUAUUUAUUUUUUAAUUACUUAUUAUAUUUGUUAUACAUAUUUGAUUAUUAAAUAAACUCUCAAAUUAUUAUUAAGUAUAUUAUUAAUGGCAAAAUUGUUGCAGAAAAAAAUGUUUUGAAUUACAUAAUAAGUGUUAUAAUUUAUUUAUAUAAUUUCCCCGAAGUGACCUUUUUUCCGUUUUUCCUGUUUCCUUUUUUUUAUUGUGUAAAUAAAGUCCGCCUAUAAUGUUGAAAAAAUAUUUGUACAAAACAAAAAAAUAUGAUGGUUUAUAUCUAUAAUUACAUGAAUUAAAUGUCAAAACAUUUGCUUUUUUUUAUUGUUAUAAAUAGUGAUGUCGUUUUGAUAUUUGCCUUCGAGAAAAUAAAGGAUAUUUUCUAUAACUCCAUGAAUGCAGUUUUAUUCAAUAACAAUAUACAGUUGGUAAACAAUUAAUAACAACUAUACAACGGAUAUAUUUAAGAAUGAGUUUUGUUUGUAAUAGGUGGUGACUAAACAAUGAACUUGCUUACUGUGC